GCUUAGGGGCCAAACAUGUUGAGGCUUUUUAUAAGGAAGGGAUUAUUCGUUCUGCAGUGGAUAUUUUUCGCUUGAAAGAAAUUAACGAGACCCUUUCGCCACAUUUAGAAAUACGAGAAGGGUGGGGAGCAAAAUCCACAAAAAACCUUUUUGCAGCCAUUGAAGAAAAACGUACUAUUUCUUUAGAUCGUUUUAUUUAUGCGCUGGGGAUUCCUCAAAUUGGAGAAGUCAGCGCAAAGUUACUCGCAACAACCUAUGGCAGUUACAAAGCUUGGAUGGAUGCUAUGGCACAGGCGUUGGGCUCUUCUGAUUCUGAAGCAUACCAAGACCUUAUUGCCUUAGACGGAAUUGGGGAAGUGGUUGCUGACUCUUUGCUACUUUAUAUAACGGAUCCAAAGCACCAAGCGUUGCUUUCUGAACUGGUAGAUCAGGGAUUGGUUCAUAUUCAAGAUGUUCAAGGAGUUGGGGAAAGCGUGGAGAGCCAUCCUCUCUUUGGGAAAACGAUUGUCUUUACAGGCAUUUUAAAGAAUACGACUCGAGACCAAGCAAAAGAGCGCGCACGGUCAUUGGGGAUGAAGGUCACCAAUUCUGUCUCUUCAAAAACAGAUUAUGUGGUUGCAGGGGCAGAUCCUGGGUCAAAAGUGAAGAAGGCCCAGGAUCUAGGCGUUACAAUCUGGGAUGAAGACACGUGGAUUGCCAAUCAAUAG